AUGAUGGCAUCAGCAUUGUACCAUCUGGCGGCCCUGCUCACGCUCUCGACGGAGAUCUAUGCAUACGGUAUUACUGGUAUAUCUGGUGGAGUCAACUACGACACUGGCGAACGACCGGCGCGUCGUGACUUGAGAGAUCUACAGUCCUCUGGAGCUGCCUUUGAUCUUUACAUUCAGGCCCUUGCUCAGUUUCAGAGCGAUGAUCAGAGCGAUUUCGUCUCUUAUUACGAGAUUGCAGGAAUCCACGGCUACCCCUAUCAAUCCUGGGACGGUGUAGAAGGCCAAUUUAUCACAGGCUACUGCUCCCACGGAUCCCCCAUCUUUCCAACCUGGCAUCGACCAUAUUUAGCUCUAUUCGAGCAGCGAAUCUGGCAAUUUGCGCAAUCCAUUGCCAACGCAUACCCGGAGGAUCAGCGGCAAACGUAUAUUGAUGCAGCCGACACAUUGCGAAUCCCUUAUUGGGAUUGGGCUGUCAAUCCUAACAUGCCGGAGAGUUUGGUGUAUCAGUCUAUUGUGAUUAAUACGCCGAAUGGACAGCGGACGAUGGAUAAUCCGUUGUAUUCGUACAAGUUUCACCCGUUGCCGUUGGGGAGUGAUAUUCCGAAUGAUGAUCCUCUUGCGAAGUAUUCGGAAACUGUCAGGUCGCCGGAUCCAAAUACAGGUCAGAGUCGGAUGGAUAAAGUCAAUUCCGGCAUGUCCUCCAACUCUGCAUGGUUGACAUCAAGCACAUAUCAACUCCUAUCGUCCGAGACAAACUACACCGUCUUCUCCAACUCCGUCCUUCAAGACAGGGGCGACAACUACAACAACCUCGAAAGUAUCCACGAUGGUGUGCAUGCCUUGGUCGGUGAUGGCGGACAUAUGACAUACUUUAGCAUGGCAGCAUUCGAUCCUAUAUUCUGGAUCCACCACUGUUCAAUUGACCGUAUUUUCGCACUCUGGGAAGUCCUCAAUCCGAACUCCUACAUUGAGCCCAUGGCCGACACAUACGGCACCUUUGUCAUCGAAACAGGCAGCAUCGAAGACAUAAAUACCCCCCUAUACCCCUUCCACCGAUCCGACGAGCCCAACGACUGGUGGACAUCAGGUAACAGUCGCUCAACAAGGGAGUUUGGCUAUACAUACCCCGAAAUCCAGGACUGGGGCGUGGAUCAAAGCACACUUCAGAACAACGUACGUACCGCAAUUAACAAUCUCUACAAUGCGCCGGCACGUAUGAGUCCUGCUGCUCAUAACAAGAGAGACAUUCUACAUGAUUUGGAGAAUGUGCCGCACGACUUGACGAGCAUGGCAGCGAAUAAGGUAACCGGUCAAAUGACGAAAUCACAAUUCGAUCGUCUGGGAGUGAAUAAUAUGGUCAAGAAUUGGGCUAUUAAUGUUGCUGUGGAUAAACAUGCUCUCAAUGGAAAUCCAUUUCAGAUCCAUUUCUUUUACGGCGAGCCUGAUACUGAGCUCAAGCCAACAGAAUAUUUCAAAGCACAGAAUCUGAUCGGCACAUAUCGCACAUUCACCAGUCCAAUGUCUUCCUCGUCGUCAUCACACAGGCGGUCAAGUGAUGAAGUCUCAAAGCUAUCAACGGGACAAAUCUCGCUCUCCCCUUUGCUGGCUAAUGCAGCGGCCGCUGGAAUUCUUCCAGACAACACUCUUGCGCCGGUGGAUGUUGUACCGGCGCUAUCAGACAAUCUCCAAUGGCGCAUAACCGAUUCGACAGGAGAAAACGAAAUUCCCGUUCAGGAAUUAGCGGAUAAUGGUAAACUUAGAGUAAGUGUUGUGUCAAGAGAUGUUGAGCCUAUUUUGGCUGGGGAAGAGCAUUUGUUUCCUAGAUAUGGGGAGUGGGUUGAAUGGGAGGAUGUGACCCGGGGGAAAGUAGGAGGUGUAUGAUUGAUUGCUUCACAUUU